AUGUUUCACUUACUCAAUCAAUUGGUGACGAAGAAGAGAUCAGAUUGCCGAGAACAAAUCCAUGGUGUUUAUGAAAUUGCUUUAGCGGAGAGAUUCAUCGAGGAAUGCGGGGAGAAAACUCACGAUGACAUAAUGUUCUCCACACUGGGAUCGCAACUGCGUUGUCGGAGGAGUUUCGUUCUGAAAAAGGGUGAAAAGGUCAGCAUGAGGCCAAAUCAAACCUCUUUCCUUUUGGGGUUUAGCCAAGGUGGCCACACGCAAAUCUUCCCAUCUUCUUUAUAUCGGCCUUUGGCACCACUUUUCCAUCGCAUUCUCGCCUUUUUGUUCCCUAUAACGGAAGACUCAUCUCGGAACUACCCCUCAGGUAUAGCUGGAAUACCAUCGAGUAAUUGCUGUGAGACUUGCAAACUAGUGGUCAUCUGCAGUGCGACGAAGCGUGGCCAGCUUGUGGACCAUGCAGGAAAGGCCGUCGUUACUGCCCAGGCUUACCAACCCCUCGGUUCAGAUUUAUCGGAGACGAUGAUUCACCGACCACAACAGCAGCAUUCUCUUUGGAGUUCUGAGUUUGGCGAGAAGGUGGCGUCUGCAUCAGCAAAGAAUCUACAUAUUAUGAUGCUACAGUCUACGCAGAGAGAUGGCGGCAUGUUCCUGAACAUGCGCCUACUUGAUCUAGGUCGGAGAGUCUCGACUAGUAGCUCUUCACAAGAACGAACAUCUCUUGUGCCCGGAAGUCCUGCAUAUUCCUCAAACGAGGUGCUAGCUCAAAUAUUAUAUACCAUUCUUAAUUGGAGUGACCCAGGACGAAGCAUAAUAUUCAUAUCUACGGGAUGUGGCUACGGGAGCUUCCCCAGCGAUUUAGCGGUACUGAACCACAUGCUGUACGGAAAAGCACUGCAAAGUCUGCAAGCUCCGAUCAACAACUCCGAAGAGCAAUUUUCGCCCAAUACCCUGGCAGCUGUGUCGGCGAUAUGGCGCGUUAAAGGAAUCUUCGCCACAGUCGACAGGUCGCUUAAGCAGACAAUUCAUGCGAGAGCGUUAUCUCACAUGCUCAAGGUUCGAGGGAUACGGAACCUUGACGACCCUCUUGAGUUCUUCCUCACUCUUGAAUGUCAAUUACACUGUAUAUUCGAUUCUGAAGACUGGGAUGUUGCAUUUCAGCAAUGGCGUGGUCAGUCCGAGUUAUCGAUGCGUUACUGGACUCUUUUGAGAGGAUUUCGCCCCUUCUUUGGGAGACGUACUUUGCCGAGUCAUUGCCGUUGCUACGAAGCUCGAAAUCAUACCUCAUUCCAUUGGUGUCGCACUCUCCAACCUAACGAUUUUUAUAACCAAGCCCCACCAACUACCGACCCUCUUGUUCCGAUCGUCUUCGAGCUUAGAGAUACGGAAAUCGCACCGCUUCUUGGCUACCAUUUCCUAUAUAGUAUCCUAAUUCACCGAAUGGCCACCCAUCUCUCCUCUCUUCUUCUCAUCGAUCCAGUAUCAAGUCAGAUGCUCGAUCCUACCCUCAGUCCUACAUAUUUUUUUUUUGCAUUUCCUGUUUCCAUAGGGAUCGAUAAUCCAAACGCUUUCUUUCCCACCAACCCACUACCUUCUCUCUCUCGUUCUAAACCACUCAUCUUUCUCCUCCGAGUUAGAAACGUCCAGCUAUCCCAGCGAAUAUGGAUGAUGUAUUCUCAGGUGCGACUGUGGAAACCGAUAGGCUGCCUUUUCUACCUCAAUGCCCUCAAAUGUUCGUUUCUGUGGGCAGGGACGACGGAGAUGAGAGUGGAUUCUGAAUGCCGCGAGCGAUAUAGAGGACUUCUUACCAGAGAGUACUGGGUGAGAGCCGGGCAGAGUGGAGCUUUUAUUUCAGAGCGUUGA